AUGACGGUUUCCAUUAUCCUGAAUUCUCGUAGCAAACCAGUCAAAAGCUCAGAAAUCCAGCUAGAAAAAUUCACAUCAUUCUCGCAAGUUUGUGUCAAAGACAUCAAAGAAUAUAUCCACUCAACCUAUCGGCUUGAUCCUUCUAGACAACGCCUGACAACAGCGGAUAAGAAGGUGCUAGAUGAUCCCCAGAAAUCGCUAGGCGACUAUGGUCUGAAACAAGGCGACGAGAUUGUCUUCAAAGACCUCGGCCCACAGAUUUCAUGGAGGAUGGUGUUUUUGAUCGAAUAUUUUGGACCAUUAUUAAUUCACCCGUUGUUUUAUCUGUCAAAUCCGAUCUCCAAUCUGCUUUAUGGAGGUCCUGUCGAUCACAGUCGACUGCAAAAUUUGGCGUUCGGGAUGGUCAUGGCUCACUUCGUGAAGCGUGAGCUGGAGACAAUCUUUGUGCAUCGAUUUUCAAAUGCGACCAUGCCAUUCCGAAACAUCUUCAAAAACUCGUUUCAUUAUUGGGUCCUUUCUGGAUUGUUGCUCGCUGGUCCGAUAUACGGCAAUGCUUCCUCAGCCGUCAAGACCCAAGGGACCCUCCUCAACUCCUCCCUUUGGUUAUAUUCAUGGUCGGCCAUAUGGGCCUAUGCAGAAGUCUCGAAUCUACUCGUUCAUUUACAUCUAAGGUCACUGAGGCCGGCCGGAAGUAAGAAGAGAUCAUUGCCGAUCGGAGGAUAUGGGUUCGACCUAGUAUCCUGUCCGAAUUACUCUUUCGAAACCCUUGCUUGGUUUUCCUACACCGCCUUGGUCGGAUUUCAUUGGUCAGGUUGUUUGUUCAGCUUGAUCAGCUUCAUCCAGAUGGCGAUUUGGUCGGCCAAGAAACUUAAAAACUAUCGGGUUGAAUUCAAAGGCCAAGUACCCUCUCAUUGGAAAUCUAUCAUCCCUUUUGUCUUCUAG